GCGUGCUCACAUGUGUAUCGUGCACUUGAAAUAUCAAAAAAUCGGUAAUCAAAAUGGAGAAUAAGGAUUAUUUAAUCAUACUAUUUAACGAUGGACCUCAAAUCGUCUGCCGAGAGUGGAUGACGCCUUCGAAAAAACACAUUCUAUAUCCUACGUGUAAAUCCAUGUAUGCGUAUUAUAACACAGUGAGAACGAAAAAGAUGCCGGAAUCUACAUGGACGAAAGAAGCCAUCUUGGAAGAAAUUGCAGAAGCCGUGCAAAAGUAGUUCAGUCGCCUUCCACAAAAUCUUCCACAAAAUCAAAAGCAAAUGAUUACUCUCCAAAGAAAAACAAUGUUUCCGAGAACAGUCCAAAGCGAGCAAAAACUACUUCUUGGUCUGAUGUUCAAGCAUUUCGAGAAAAUAUCGCUAAGUCUUUAAGUGACAUAAAAUUCAUGUUAAACAUUCAAAACGAAAAAAUUGAUAAACUUCAUGAAAAGCAUUCAGAAAGUGCCAUUUUCAAUGAACGAUUUUUAGAGUGUCAAUCAGAAGUAAUUCAAAAACAUGUGAAAAAGGAUCGGUCAAGUCAGUUUCACUCACAAUUUCCAGUCGCAACAUUAGACAAUUUACAAAAAAUCGAAGACAAACUUACAUUACCAGAAUACAGAAAUGAUAUGAUUUCUUUCUUCGGUGGUUUUGGAGGGAUACAUGUGAAGGAAACUACGUAUACAGUCAUGAAAUAUGCUUUUACCAACGCAAUUGGAAGUUUAUUUGAUUGGUUGGGACUAAAAAAUAAAUUAAAGUUCUCAGAUCUACAUUUAACUACAGUAAUAAUGGAAACCGUUCGCCAAUCAUGUCGAGUCAAAGAAAUUGAGGUGAUAGAAGCUAUCAAAGAUUGGCUUCGCCACGCACCUGCUAGACACCUUCGAGAGUCAGAAAACAAUAAGCCUGAUGAGGACGGUGAGCAUGAUGGCGAAAAUCUUUAUGCAUCAGACCAAGAGCGACUUUCUAUUAAUUUGAGCGACACUGAAGGAGAAAGUGAUGAUCCCUAUAUGGAUACCGAAAUAAACUUUCAAAAUUCAAUGCAUAUCUCAGAUUCAUCUAAUCAUGGCACAAAUUCUCCGACUAUUGAGAUUCAAUCCGAUAAACCUGUCGAGAAUUAACUAUACUAUAAGUGUAAAACACUUGUUUCAAUUUCAGAGUGAUAAAAAAAUUCUUUCAAACAUUUUUUAAUUAAUCGUUAGACAGAUUCAAGAGU